AUGAUUAAUGAGCAGACCCGGCAACACUUCGUCACAAUGCCAAAGGUCAACGGUCAGAGUGAGGUUUUCAGGUCGCCCGACUCAGUGUGGGAUCUCAAUGUGCUGUCCACUAAGUACCACUGUAAGUACCACUGUAAGUACCACUGUAAGUACCACCGUAAGUACCACCGUAAGUACCACCGUAAGUACCACCGUAAGUACCCCUGUAAGUACCACCGUAAGUACCACCGUAAGUACCACCGUAAGUACCACCGUAAGUACCACCGUAAGUACCACCGUAAGUACCAACGUAAGUACCACCGUAAGUACCACCGUAAGUACCACCGUAAGUACCACCGUAAGUACCACCGUAAGUACCACCGUAAGUACCACCGUAAGUACCACCGUAAGUACCACUGUAAGUACCUAGAAGUACCACUGUAA